AUGCUGCGUUACGGCUCAGGCCGCUCCACCCCGAGGAUAAACCCGAGACGACGAGGUUACGCCAGCGUCAAGAGACUGGAACGUGGCUUCUUCGGCGGCUGCGGGAGCUGCCUCGCCCACGAAGACGCGAAGUCGGCACGAACCCGGGGCAUCCCCGGGCGCUUGCGGCUGGAAAGGGAGCAGGGAGAGAGCGGCGCUCCUGGGAAAGCCGCCCCGGCCACCAGCUCGGAGGUGGCCAGGAGGCCAGCGGGACUCGCCGCGGGGCAGAGGCGCGCGAGGUCCCCGCCGUCCCCCGGGGAGGGCGGCGGACUCAGCGGCACGCCCGCCCCCAUGGCGGCCGCGGCGGGCGAGCUUCGCGUCCCUACGAGCCUGCAGAAGGCGCGCCUGAAGGUCGAGGAGAAGACCCUGGAUUUUGAGUUUGAGGUGCUCAACGCGCAGUUCAACAGCCGGGGCCGCUACGCCCUGCGGCUCACCGUGGAGAACCCGCUGCUGGAGGGCGCCGGCGCCGGCGUGCGGCUGCGCGUGAACGACGGGGAGGCCGUCCGGAGCGACGCGGGCACCACCGACGUCGUCGAGCAGAGCGAGCCCGACGAGAUCUGCUCCUUCCGGAGGAGGAAAUUCAUCUUCACCCUGCCCAGAGGCUUCUGCAAGAACGACCGGAACCACGACGCGCGCCUCCGCAUCGAGGCCCUGCGCGUCCGCGGGCCGGCGGCCGAGAGCGGCCGGCGGGUGGGCGAAGCCUUCUUCGCCAUCUACCCCCGCCCCAACCAGCCCCGGAUGAACCUCUUCGCCGGGACGGACGAGGACCUGUACCGCUACGGCGGCGUGACGCCGCUGCUGCGCGCGGGCGGCGACCGGCUGGCGCGGCACUGCGGCAGGCUGGCCUUCGCCGCGGCCUUCCACGAGCACCGGCCGCCCUCCGCCGCGGAGCGGGCGCGCCGAGCCGCAGCGGGCGCCCCGCCGCCGCCGCCCGCCGAGGGCCGGGCCCGCUCCCCCGAGGCACGGCAGCGUCAGGGACGCCUCGGGCUCCAGCCGAGCGAGACCCGAGCGCUCUGCAAGAGACGGGACUUGGCCCUGGGGCACCUAGAUCAUCUCGAGAAGUUGCCAGCUGGAAUAAAGGCAGUGCCGGAAGGGAGCAGCUUUCAUCUCCUUCAGCCACCGGCUGACCCUGACCUCAGCUCCUCCCCAGAGCUCCCGGGUGACUCAGCAGAUGAACAUCUCUCCUCCUCCUCUUCCUCCUCCUCCUCCUCAGUACUUGCCCCAAGGCAACUGCUGAGCUGCAGCAGUUUCCACCUCUCCUCACCAGGAUACAGCCCAGACCUGACCUCCUCUGCAGUGCAGGUCGCCGAGUCCCCCGCCGGGGAGGAGGAGGAGGAGGAGGUGGCCCGGGCGCCGGAGGCCGGCCGGCGGCACGUGGCCCGCGCGGGGAAGGAGGUCAUCGCCGUCACUCUGCACGGCGCCAGCAACCUGCCGGCACCGCGGGCGGGCACGGCGCCGCGGCCGUACGUCCUCGUUAAGACCAUCAGAGAUGAGGAGCAGCAGCGGAAGGGGCAGGUGACCCAUGCAUCCUCGGAGCCCACCUACUCACCUACAUGGGAGGAGGAGGUGACAGUGGAAAUCGAUGCUGAAGAUGCCAGCUGGGAAGCGCUGGCCCUCACCGUGGCAGACGGAGGCACCAAAGAGGCGCUGGCGACCUACAGGCUCCCGGUGCGGCAUCUCCGGCCCUUCCACCGCUACCACUGCCGCCUGGCGCUGCCGAGGAAGAGGGACCCGGCGGGGACGAGCCUGUACGUCACGUUGGUCCGCAAAGGCAGUGCCAUCCCCCGCUGCGCAGGCGUGGGCUACGCGGGCUUGGAGGUCUUCCUGGAGGGCAUGACGGCGCCGCUGGCCACCCCGCCGGGAGCCCUCGUGGCCGCCGCCCGCGUCGUCGCCGAGGGCCGCGCGUGCCGAGGCGGCAUGGCGAAGCGGCCCGCCGUCGGCCUGACCGCCGUCGCCUUCCCCGCGCCCUCCGCGGCGGACUUCAGCCCCGGCCGGGGCUGCGCGCAGGUGGCCCUUGGCACAGGCUGGCGUUGUGACAGGACGUCGGGCCGGAUCAGCACGGCGGCUCUGAUGGCCCGGCGCCGCGCGGCAGCGGGGCUCCAGCUGGCCGCGAGGAGGCCGCUGCGGCCCCCCUGCGCCGCCAGCCCCAGCCGGCGCGGGAACCCUGCGUUAAUGCUGACCUUCGGCGAGCUGGCACGGUCCCCAGCGUGGGCCCGAAAGAUGACGUCCCCGGCUGGGCCCCCGGAGAAGCCGACCUGGAAUACCACCUUCCUCUUCCAGGGCAGAGACGGGGCCACCAUCUUCUCCGAAGACGCCGCCCUGGUGAUCGAGUAUUACCCGUUCAAAGCGAUGUCGGAUGCCGAGAGCGCGCUCGGUCCUCUGGGCUACUCGGUGCUGCCGCUGCUGCCCGGCCUUUACCGGCGCCUGGCGGCUGAGGGCAGCCGGAGCGGGGUGCGCGUGGAUGGCCUCGCCGUGCAGGGCACUGACCUGAAGACCGUGGCCGGGGCGGCUCCAACCGUUCGGCUCUGCCUGCGGCUCAUCGGAUCCGAGAGGCCGGAUACCUUCCUCAGCCCAUCCGGCAGCGCCGCUCUCCCCAGCCUGGAUCCCGCCUCCCUCGGGAAGCUCCCGCUCGGACCGCCCGGGCCCCCUGCGCAGGACGAGCCACUGCGGGUGCCCGUCGGGACCCCGGGCACCUCCGGCUCAUACCUUUCUGCUCCAGAAGAAAAAGAAAAGGCAGCUGCUCCCCGUCUCCAACCCUUUCUAUUGAUAAAUGGAGCUAUUGGCGUGGGGCUUUACGAGCCCCAGGGCGGCCUGCGGGGCUGCUGGGGGGCGGCGGAAACGGCCUCUCUCCUCGCUGGCGUUUCGUUCCCGGCACCGCCUGUGUCCAAGCAGCUGCAUCGUGUAAGGGGAGAGCCCGAACGCGCAGCCGGAGCCCCGAACCCGCCGGGCGGGCUGGAAUGGGGAGAGCCCGGCUGGAAGCUGGGGCAGGCGGCAUGGGGCGGCCGGCAGCGUCGGGCCCCGCUGCAGCCCGAGGGCGACGCGAGGGGAAGGGGUGGUGCAGGGAGCGAGGGUGCUGAGCCCCAGCACCCCCGGGCUCCCAGCGGCCCGGCCGCCGUGCAGCCGCAUCUCCGAGUGCCAUCUAGCGUCGCGCAGCCGGGCGAGCACCAGCGCCGCUGCCGCUGCGGGCCGCUGCUUUGGCUAAAUAUUCCCCAAACAGGGAGCUGUUCCGGCUCUAAAAAUCCCCCGGAGAGACUGAGAGCACCGAUUCGGGCUUCCCGCAGGGAAAGGCUGCGCCCGGGCGACGCGUCCCUGCCGCCCGCCGACGCCGUGGCCGCGCUCCUGCCCCCGCAGCAGCCCUCCGCCCGGGAGCCGGCAGCGCCCGCGCGGGAGCAGAGGUGCCCGGACGGCGCCGGGGACCAGCAGGACCAGGAGAUGAACGAUUACCGCCUGGCGUUGGAGCGCAUGGCAGACGAGAUCCUCUCCCUCCGCCAACACGUUGCAAGCCUGGAGAUGGAGAACAGCAACCUGCGGCGCAGCCUUACAAUGCACGAGGACCUGGGCCGCACGCUGCUCAGUGACGUUGAUGUGGAUGUCAUGACCAAGGCAGAGAUCGUGGACAGGAUUGGCACCCUCAAACACAAGCUGGCAUCUGGCACGGUGGAGAUGAGGAGGCUGAAGGACCGUGUGCAGCAGCUGCAGAAUGAACUGAUUCGGAAAAAUGAUCAAGAGAAAGAUUUGGUGAUGCUCCAGAGAACCCACCAGCAGCAGCAAGCUGUGCUGAUGAGGUACCAGGAGAAGGUGGCCAAGACGAAGGGCCUGGAGGAGACAGUGAAGCAGCAGGAGAAGGUGAUCGAGGCAAUGGAGCGGAUGCUGCAGGAGCGGCUCUCCGGGGCGGUCAGGAGCACCAGCAAACCGGCGGGUGAAGCCCUGGCUGGGGAGCUCUACGGCGUGCUGCUGGCCGAGAACCGCAGGCUGCGGGAGGAGCUGGCAAGACCCCGGCCCCCCUCACCCCCCAUCGUUCCACCACCACAAGCCUUGCCAGAUGUCUUUGGCAGUUCAGAGAAGCUGUCUCUGCUGGCCAAGUUGGAGAAGGCACAAGCUCGCAGCCGUGUUCUGGAGAGCCAGCUGGAGGAGGCCGCCAGGAGGUGGGGACGGGAGAAGCAGGAGCUCAGCACACGCUUGCUGGAGCAGGACCAUGGCUUCAGGGGCUCAUCCUCCAGCGUUGCCCAUGACCCGGCUGCAGUGUAUUCUCAUUUCCCACCAGAAGAUGCCACCGGACCCCAUGGCCCCCAUGAGGAGACACCAGACACCAGACCCUCUGCCCUAGCGUGUGCCAGGACCUGAGCAGCAAGGCCGUGGGAGGUGUUUCAACUGGUCUGUGCAUAGCUGCCCUUCAUCUCCUCACCCCGGAACAUGCUUUGUACAGGACUCCAGAGAAACACUCGGAAAUGUAAUAUUCAUGCACAUAAAGAGUAUCCAGUGCUU